UUAGGAAUCGCUCGAUCUUAUGGAGACUUCCACAACUUCACAAGAAACAGAUAUUCCGGAUUCUAAUAGGAUAGCUCCCUUAUCAGAAGAGGAUAAGGAUGCAAUACGCUUCAAUGCUUUUGGAACUUCAGCUGGUUUCUUCGUGAAUGGAUAUAUGUACAAUAUCAAUAGUGUACUGCUCACUAUGUUCACAGAUAUAUUUCCUAGUGUGGGACAAGAUGUCGUUGUUCAAACUGCAGUAGGUGUCUCUAUGUUGUAUGGAGUGAUGUUCGGUUUACUAGUAUUCGGUGUCAUUGCUGAUCAUUUUGGAAGGAAAAAAGGUCUGAUUAUGUGCUCUUGUUUAGUGCUCCUCGGAAACCUACUUGGAGUCGCAAUGAAUGGCACAAGUCAUGUCGGUACUAUUUGGAUGAUGUGUAUUGCUCAAGGAGUUGCUGGCCUUGGAAUGGGUGGCGAAUACACUUGCAAUAUUCCCAAUACAAUGGAAGAUAGUGAACAGGUGAAUCCAGUUACCCGAGGAAGAAGAGUUGCGAUGCUUUCUCUUUGCUUAGAACGUACUGGAAAUUUUGCUCCUCUUCUAGUUCAACUUUUACUGGUUGGUGUUGCUUGUCGCAAUGCAUAUCUUGGAACUGCAUCCAAUUGUAAUUGGAAUGUUGUUGCUCGACUUUCGUUUGGCAUUGUUACUAUUCCUGUCAUUAUAGUUCUUAUAUUUAGGACCAGAAUGAAGGACUCCGUGAUGUUUAAGAAAGAUCAACUGCGAAGAGGAAGAAGAUACGAUGGGCUCGAUCUCUUUGUUAUUCUUCGACAUUUCAUGCCUAAAACGAUUGGAGUAGUUACUUUAUAUUUCUUAGUUGAUUGGAUAAACUACAGUCAGGGGACAUUUGGUAAUCUUAUAUUGCAACAUGUGAUCGGAGUUUCCCUUUUUAAAAGCAUUUGGCUUGUUCUUGUGGAAGGUGUUGCAUGGAUCAUAUGGACUGCAUUUAUUGCAGCUUUUAUUGUAGACAAGCUGGGAAGACGUAAAACGGGCAUGUUUGGAUGGCUUUGGCUUGGUAGUACUCAACUAAUAAAUACUGGCUUUUUCUAUCAGUUUAAAGCAAAGCCCAUUGCAUGGAUCAUAUGGAGCACAUUUGUUGCUGGAUUUCAGAAUUUUGUAUACAUUUGUGCCUAUCUAGUGCCAGCAGAGGCUUUUCCUACUCGUAUUCGAGCUACCAUGUAUGGAAUAUCGGUUUCUCUUGGAGUGAUGGGUGCUAUAGUUGGAACAACUACUUUUCCUUCUAUUUGGUUGCGUUGGUCAGGAGGCAUAGAACAGACCAAUUCGGGUCUCAGAAAGACAAUGUGGUUUUAUGCUGGAAUGGAAUUUCUAGGAUUGUUUUUAUGUAUGCUAUUUGUACCCGAAUAUUCACAUCGAUCAUUAGCAGGAGAGGAUACUCGCUUUGUUGAAUUGAGAAGAAGACAUUGUGCACGUUUUGCUACAAAAUGGGGUGUGACUCAACAGGAUUUGGAGUGCGAAGACUUGAGAAACUACACCCUAAAGGGUUUGGUUCAGAAGCUUCUUUUUAACGCAAAUUUUUUGGACUAUCGUCGUCUCUACAUGGCUUCUCUUUGUCGCUCGGAAAAGAUUCUUCUUAAAACACAAAUGGAAUAUAUUGCAAAUUUGCCCAUUGAUUACAAGGACUUGACGUUAUUUUCAUCACUGUGGUCAAAAUACAAGAUGGGUAAGAUUGGAUAUCAACAAUUUGUAAAGAAUUCAGAAGAAAUGGGAUAUUACGAUAUUGUUAAAGAAAUGGAGAUGUUUUACAGUGAGAAGAAGAAAGAUGAUAAUGGUUUGAUCCUUGAUGAACACGUCUUGUUGCCUGACCAUUUGGAUGAUUCUGAAAACAACAAGUAAAGUUUGUGUACAACUAUAAUAGAUAGUUGUGUCGUGAUGAAUAAAAGAGAGUUAAGAUGG